AUGAGCUACCGGAUAGCUUCUCCUUCGCGCUUGCUAGUCUCAUGGGUCCUUCUCAACCUCCUCGCAUCAUCAGUAGCCCGCAAGCCCCAGACUCAAUUUCCUCCCUCGCUCAUGGGUGCGUACUUGCCCAUGGACGUGGUUCGCAACGGGACCAACGAGGAAGGAGAUGAGAACAUCUGCAUCGAUCACUUCUGCUGGGUCAACACCGUCCCUCAUGCCCUCUCCAACAUCGUGAAAGCCUUCGUCGAUCCCCGGUUGGGCAUGGGCUCGGCGAAUGAGAGGCACUUCCUGGGCAAGGCCUUCUCCUCCUUCCUCUCUACUGCAGCUGGCAGGAUGAAGGGCGAGAGGGGGAGGCAGGGAGGAGGGGACGAGGCUGCUGGGAGGAAGGAUUACUUUGCUGUCUUCUCGCUGAUGCUCUCCGGGAUCUUCAAACCCAAGUUUCCUUUCUCACAUGCGAUGCUGACGAGAGCAGUUCAGCUGUCUGAGUAUUGGAUCUACGAGCCGUAUCCCAGCUGCCUGCAUGUGAAAGGCCCAUGGCAUGAGGAGUGGGCGGGGAACUACUCUCUUACAUCGGAGACAGAUCCCAAUGGGAGGGUGAUGUACGAGCAGCGGGGGGACUUUGCAGAGCAUCAGAUUUCGUGGUCGGACGGCUGCUGGUUCAUGGAUGAGCUGAAGGAGCUGGAUGAAAACAGCAAACCAGAGGUAGAUUCGUCACUUUCUCUCUAUGAAGAAACAGAAUCCUUCAUGGACGGGACCAACAUCUCCAGCCUCGAGGACGAGGAGCAGACAGCGCGGGGGGCAGCAGGGUCAAGGGGGGGGCCAUCUGCAGGGAGGAAGAAGAAGAACCGAAGACCCAAGGCAUUCCAGCGCAAGAGGCUGUACCAGAGCUGCGUCGAUACCGACAUGGUGCCUUCAAGCGGGUGGGUAUCGGUGCGAGGGAGGGGCCCCUCCCCCUCUAUCUCACAGUGUGACACUUCCAAGACAAGGGCAAAGAAGAAACGUGACUCGCUCGAUGCUGCCGACUUACACAAGUCGGCUGAUCCGCACGUGCGGGAGAACUCUCUGCACAUUGAAAGCUUUAGAAGGAGGACGGAAGACGACUUGCAAUGGGCGCUGCUGACUGAAGACCUUUCAGAUUCAACCAAACAUGCAGCGAGGGACUCACGGAGGCGGGAGGAGGCUCUAGACUCCGAGCACGAGUACUCUCAGCUUCAGAACUCCUUGAAACCAGCAGCUUCCUCCCUCAUGGACAGGUACCGGCGCAUCCUUACAUCCAACAAGCUCGUCAAGACGCUGCGGAAAGUUUCAAGGCUCCUGCUCAAGAUCGGUUCGCUCCCAUUCCGCUUCUUCAAACUUCACCUGCCCUGGCCCUUUGGUCAUGAUAAAGUUGGUUACCUCGUCUUCCGAGGAACGGCAGACGUCCACGACAUCCUCACCGACAUUGGGCACUCGCAGGUGUUCUGGUUGAACGAGGAAGGGCCCUCGUGGGGCAUCUGGUCGUCAGUGCACACGGAGGUGAGGAGGAGCAUCUCGUCCAUCCGCGCAGCAGUGAGGAAGGCGAAGAUCAAGAAGCUUGUGAUUGCCGGUCACAGUCUGGGAGGGAGCUAUGCGCUUGAGGUGGCUCGGCAGCUGCUGUCAGGCGUCGGGCUCAACGUCGACAUCUCUGUCAUCACCUUCGGCUCUCCCGCAGUGUUUGCUAGGAGGACGGGGGCGAAGCACUGCGGAAAGGAUGUAUGGCGGAAACCCCCGACCCUUCUUGAGAGCGCUGCUGACUUUGGAUGGAAGCUUCUCACAGGCAGGGAGGCCUGCAGACUCAAGGAGGACUCGAGCAUGCGGAAGCUUGACGCAAGUGUGGUCAACAUCGUCAACCGCUGGGACCUCGUUCCUAGAGCACACCUCCUCCCUCGACUCAUGCGACAGAGCAACUCAAAGGAGAUCCUGCAAGCUUUCACCAAGCACGUCGCCUCUCGGCUGGGAGGAGGGUACGCGGUGAUGGCGACUGUUGAGAGCAACCAGUCCCUGCCUCGACCUCGCCAGGCCCCCCAAGACGCUCAGUGGAACUUCUUCUUCGACGACGACGUCCCAGGAUUCGCCGCCUCCACCACGCAGGCUGACUUUCCGUACGAGUUUAUGCUCACCGACCACAGCAGAUACUCCAGCUCAAUCCGAGCGUACGGGGUGAUCUGGCACAUCCUCAACGAGCUGUGUUGGAAGACCGGAAGGACUUCCUGUGCGUCCAUGGUAGAGAGGCUGGGGGAGAUCAGAAAAGACGCGGCCAUGACGAGCGCACAGCAGCAGGCAUGGGAGUCGUUCUACAGCGAUCAGAGCAAGAUGGACAUGGUGAGGGCCCGAGCUCGCGACCUCCAACGAACUUCCAGCACUGAUCAGGAGAGCGAAUAUCAUGAAGGAAGUCACGCAUGGGUCAGCCUCAUGUCUGAUGUUGCGGCUUUCGACUACAUGACGCCAGUCUACGAGGAGGAGGAGGACGAGGAGGAGGAGGACAAGCAAACCCUCGACGUACAUCCUUGCAGCACUGGGGGGAGGGAGCAUGACUGA